GAUCCAGUCUGUAGGAAGAUAAGGGUUAGAGCAGACCGGAUGAGCGGUGAAACAGGGAAUCAAUCAGGCAAAAAUGCACUGAGCUAAAGCAGAAAUCUAUUACAAAAACAAUAAAUAAUACAGAACACACUCAGACACUGGACCAAAAACAACCCUCACUCAAUCCAAUCCUGAAAAAAAACAAGCAGCCUGACUUUGGACACAAAGGCAUGUCUGUCCCUUUAAGAAACGUGACGCAGGAGGAAACUGAAAGUCAAAUGCUUUCCUGGGAAAUAACCGAACUCCCUGCAAUGAUUAUUUCUCCUUGACAGAUCGACUCUUAGCAGCAAAAUGGCCUCUAGCAACAGUCUCUUAUCUGAGGAGCAGUUUCUUUGUCCCAUCUGCUUAGAUGUGUUCACUCGGCCGGUUUCCACGCCGUGUGGACACAACUUCUGCAUGUCAUGUAUCACAACCUACUGGGACGACACACCGAACUGCCAGUGUCCCGUCUGUAAAGAGACGUUUGACAGGAGGCCGGAUCUCAGGGUGAACACUUUUAUUUCCGGGCUUGCGUUGCAGUUUAUGUCACUUCAAGUGAAGGAUGACGACAUGGGGAGCUCAGACCAGCAGCAGGCUAACGGUAGCGGCGAGGUGCUGUGUGAUAUUUGUGCUGACAACCAGCAAGAGGCUGUCAAAUCCUGUCUGGAGUGUCUGACCUCUUACUGUGAUGUUCAUCUAGAGCCUCAUCGUAGAGCUGCCGGGCUGAAGAGACACACACUGCUAGACCCCUUGUCGACCCUGGAGGACAGAAUUUGCAAGGAGCAUAGCAGGCUCCUGGUGAUGUUCUGCAGAAAUGAAGAGGUUUUGCUGUGUGACGCCUGCGCCAGUUUGCGCCACGUGAAUCAUGACGUGGUUUCCAUGCAGCGAGCGUACAGAGAGAUGAAAGCUCUGCUGCUGGAAGAAGAGACCAAAGUGCAGCAGAUGAUCCAGGAAAGGCUACAGAAGAUCCAAGUCAUGAGAGACUCAAUAAUACAAAGCAAGAAAGAAACCAAAGAUGUGAUAGCAAACAGCCUGCAGGACUUGAUGGAGCUCACUACCGGGAUUGAUAAGAUCCAUUCGGGGCUCGUGAAAAUGAUGGAAGACAAGCAAAAAGCAGCUGAAGAAGAAGCAGACAAGUUUAUUAGCAGUAUGAAGCAGGAGAUCACCGAACUGCAGACCACAGCAAAGAAGAUGGAGAAGCUAAAGCAGACUAACAACCAGCUUUGUUUCCUCCAGAGCUUCCCAAACUCGUCCCUCCUGCCACACACAAUGGACUUGUCCACAUUCACUUUCACCAGACAUGUGGAGAUUCAUCGCAUACAGAAAGUGUUGAGCAAAUCAGUAUCUCAAAUGCAAACACUGCUGAGCAAAAUGAACGCAGAAAUAACGCAAAUCUUGAACGGCACGGACGUGUCAAACGAGGCAACGCUGAGAUACAUGCAGCAGUACGAAGAGGACAUUAAGCUGGAUCCUGACACGGCUCACCCUCUGCUCAUUAUAUCCAAUGAUAGGAAAUGGGUGAGGUACAGCAUGGGUUCAGGUCUGUGGGGGAACCAGAUCCCGAACCCAAACAUGUUUACGGAACAUCUUGCAGUUCUUGGACAGAGAGGCUUCUCAUCAUGUAAGUUUUACUUUGAGGUGUUCGUGGGAGAAAAAUCUGAAUGGUGUCUGGGCGUGGCUAAAGCGUCCAUCCAGAGGAAUGGGUCACUUUUUCGGAGUUCUCUUUCUGGACUUUGGGCCAUUUGGUUCCUAGUUGACAAGUUUGAAACCUUCAGUUCUCCAAAUGUGCCGGUACACUUAGGAAAGGUGGAGAAGGUCGGCGUCUUUGUGGAUUAUAACGGAGGGCAAAUUUCCUUCUACGACGUACAAAGCGCAACUCUAAUUUACUCAUUUACUGAGUGUAUAUUUACCGAAGAACUGUAUCCCUACUUUAAUCCCUGUGAUAAUGAAUACGGUUCAAACUUGGAGCCAAUGAUAAUUGUUCCUGUCUGUCGCACGGACUGAACGGAGGCUUCAGAGACUCAGUGAUUUGUGGGUUAUUUGCUACAAUGCAACGGCUGAAUUUUUGGCAAAGAUUUUUAUAAUCGCAAAAUAGAAAGCUUUGCAGUGUAUCAUCUUCCCUCGCUGAUUUUGAUGACUUUAUUUAAGAUUAUAUUUAAGAUUCUAAUUUUAUUUAAGAUUCCAGGGCAAUCUAGUGGGUGAUUAAGCAUCAGAUAUCCGCAAACACAACCACAAAUUUGUGAACUAAGGGUUGUUUUGGCAAAAGAAACAUCAUGAAAUGUCCUGAGCUCAUAACACAGUUGCACUCGGUCCAGUUUCAAUGGGCUCUCAGGGCUCCGUGAAAUCACCAAGUGUGGACUUCUGGUGACUUUGCUCAAGAAAGUAACCCAUGAUGCAAAGCAGUCGAAGGUUAAAAUGGCAAUACCAGCGUAAUUCUCCUAAAGACAUUUUUUCAAGCAUGAAAACAGGUGGGGUUGCAUCUAAUAAGACUCACUUUCUCAAUAAAAUGUCAGAAAGUAGCUAUUAAAUUCCCAGAGCUUAAAGAAACAUAUUUACAUCGCUUGUUUUGUCAGCUCGACAGUCCAGCAUUUAUCAUUUAAGUCAGUUUAUGAGCCGGAACAAGCUGACAAUUUCACUUACAAAGUGCCUUAAAGUGCCUUGGCUGAUUAUUCAAUAAACAAAACAACAUUUCAAAAUAGCUGCUGAUUACUUUUCUGCCGAUUGAUUAAUCAACCCAAUGUUUGUUAGUUAUUGUUCAUGCUGGUUCACUGUCGACACCUGAAUGAAACAGAGCCAUCUUAAAUGUUGACACCAGUGCUUUUCCUUCUGAGACGUGUCAAAGUGUCUCUUAUGGAAAAUAAACAAGGAGAAAAUCUGGGAAAAUAAAUCAAAAUUAAAGCCACUAAGCAUUAGUGCACAGGCAUUAAGCACAUCCCAUGUACAUUCUUCAUUUUUAGUUUGCUGGUGAAAUACUCCUAAUACACAAAUAAUCCAAAGACAUCAAAUGCAUUCAUAUCAUUAAAAUCAUGUAAAUGUUCUUAUGGUGAUUUUGUUUGUCUGUUAGCAUACGUAUGUCGUCUCUCUGUCUGAUUAUGUUUAACCAAAUGAAUAAGUAAAAAUCUGUUAAAGCUAUAUGUGCUCUGUAGUGGUAAUAAAAGUUUGAUAUCCAUGUUGAUGAAAUUUUAAUAAAGUUUAAAAAAAAAAAACAUCACAUAACUAAAGCAGGCAAUGUUUUCCACUGUGUGUCUGCCUCAUCGCUCAUCUCCAUCAUCAGUGAGCUGAACAUUUUUCCUUUUGUGUCUCAUUUUCAUCUCUCUCAUCUUGUAUGUCCCAUUCAAGUUCUUGUAUUUAUCUCAACACUUGCAGCUUACACACACACACACACACACAACACUCGCCUCCCAUCGCCAUGGGAACACUCAGUCUCCCUGCUCCCAUAAUCCAUUUCCCAGCCACAAUGAGUAUUUGACACGGUUCACACUCGGAGGCCUGCUGUAUGGGGGGUGGGUGUGCUACGUCUUCUGCACAAAACACACACACAGUAUAAUAAAUAUGGAGCACGGGGAAAUUUACUUUCAGUCGUUCGCUAUUUAACCCGGUUUUGAUAUAAGAUGGUCCAGCAAAGGAGAGCUGGAGGACAACAAUCUUGUGCAACGUUCGGUU